CUCUACUGAUUGACUUCUGCGGCUGUUAGCAAUUCUUGUUCCAUUAAAGCAGGUAUUCCUUAGUAAGCUACUUAAAAAUCAGUCCUUUUAGCUUCAGAUGUACUUUGGCUUCCUUCUAGAAGUCUCCAGGUGAGUGCAUGGAAAGAAAUUGACAGGAUUGAAGAUUCAAUUUGGGAUUUUAAAAUGAGGCAAACCAAAGCAAACCAAUUUUUAUGGUUGCAGAGUUUUACAGGCCAAGACCUAUUUGGACAAGCUCUUGAAGAUGCCUUGGAGGUCUUACAGCAACAUUCUGAUGGCACCUAUAAUUAUAUGCCAGGAGAUUAUAAAAACUAUCUGACUUGCCAUCACAAUCUUUUCCAAACAAAUAUGAAUAACUUGUCUGAGCCUUUUACUGAAGAAACAACAUAUAACCAGAAUAAUACAACAAAUGACACCGACUUGUAUUCUGGAGCUAGCUUUUGUACCCUGCCAACUAUUCCAGAAAAUGAAAAGAUGUAUACCACAGCUCUUCAUCAAAAAAGCAACAGAGGUCGGAAAAGACUGCGACUGUUUGAAUACAUUCUUGAGUCUCUUCAUAAUCCAGACAUGGCAAACUGUAUCCAGUGGAUAGAUAAAGCCAAUGGUGUCUUCCAGUUUGUUUCCAAAAACAAGGAGAAAUUGGCAGAACAGUGGGGGGAACGCAAAGGAAACCGAAAAGUCAUGACUUACCAGAAAAUGGCAAGAGCACUGAGGAAUUAUGGGAGAACAGGAGAAAUAAUUAAAAUUCGAAGAAAGCUGACCUAUCAGUUUGGGUCUGUGGUUUUGCGAAAGCUCUCUCUGGCCUGCUUUUCAGGAAAAGAUAUAAAUAUUGACAAUCAAUUUGCUAAAGCUGAACAGGAAUGCCUAUAUGUAGCUGACUGGCUUACUUAUCAAAACUGCAUAAACCGAAAAGGCUGUGAUCUACAACAGGACAGCAGCCUGACAAGUUCAUUCUACUAUGAACCUUAGUAGAUGAUUUUUUUCCCCUUAUUAUGUCUUCCCACAAGAUUUAUGUGGAAUGAUUAACUCACCAGAAACAAACACCAGCUACCAGAUUAAAAAAACCAAAAACCCUUUUUAGGCUAAUCUGGAGUGGUUUGCAAAUAGAUUUUGCUCGGAGUAAGCUUUGUUAAACUUCAGAGUAGGCACCUAGAGCACUGAAGUGCCUAGCUGGGAUCUCAUACUUAAUUGUAUCAAGUCUUGCUUCUGAGUAGUCUUGCAUAGAAUGGAACUUCAUUCUCUUUCUUGGUUUAUAAGGGAAUCUCAUUUAUUUCACUGUAUUUUUUCUAUUUUACAAUUGUUGAUUUAGAAGGAAACUUACUGAACUUAGUCCUGUCUGAUUGCUUUUAGUAUUGCAGUCUUAACAAUAGAAAUUAGAGGUGUAGCAUAAAUGCAUGGAAUAAAUAUAAAUGUGUAAUAAAACACAUGCACAUAUUAACUUUCUGAAUUUUGUUAUGCUUAAAAUAUAUUCAGAAUGACUAGUUUCUGUCUCAUUUAUAACUUCAUUUAAAUCUUAAAUUCUGUACUACGUUUAAGUGCAAGUUUCUUUAUUUUCAUUCCUGUGCUGGCUGCAAAUGUAAACUGAAAUCUGUUUCAUUUCAAGGACAAUGGGCUGAUAAAGAGUUAUUUCUUAAAACAUAAAUGCAGGAGUGCAGGAGAUCAAGCAGAAGGGGAGGAUGAAUGAGAAAGGGAGAGAAUGAUUGCUAUAGCAGUAAGAAGCAUGAUCCUCCCUUUCUCCUGUAGUUGCCAUCAAUGGAGGUGUAGAAGGAUCAACAUCUGAAUUCUUUCAGCAUCUAAAAAUUUUGCCUUGGGAUCCAAAGAACCAUAUUGACACUCCUGCAUUUAUAACAGAAAUUUGAGGUUCAGAAAAGGAAAAAAGAAGAGGAAAGGGCUUGUACAUGUUAAGGAAGAAUGUAGUAUACACAGAUGAAAUUAUAGUAAGUUAAAAUUGGAUGACUUUCCCAGUUGAAAAGAAAGAAGAUUUUUAGUGUGUACCAUUGUCUAUCCUAUGGCUUAGGGUUUUCAAAGGUUCUGCAAUUAUGUGAUAAACCAGUGAGUAUGCUAAUUAAAGAAGCGGUUGAGCUCAUAUUUAAAUUCACUCAAUUUUCUUCUGUUUAAUGCUAAAUACAAAUGUCAAGAUUAAAUUAAUUUCCCCUAUCAGCAUUUACCAACUUUGAUUGAAUUUAAAUAUAAAAAAAAAAAACAAGCCCAAAAUUCAAUUUCAUCCUGCAUCUUUUAUAAAGUAUAAAUCAUAUAAGGAUACAAUUUUAGGAUAUAUUUUUCACUAAUAAUCAAUUGAUCAAAUUAGUCACUAUCAAUUGAUUUACUGUAAAUAUGGACUUAACACAAUUUUUGUACAUUUGUAGUUAUUCAGAGUAUAUUUUAAGGAAGAUUAUUGUGUCUAUUGUGUAUGAUUAUUUUAAAAACUUUGUAACAUUCAAAAUAAAUUAUGUUUUCUGUAUGUAUAUGUGUGUGUAUGUGUGCAUACAUGUAUAUAUAUAUAUACAUAUAUAUCCCUAAUACUUUUAAAAAUGCGAAUCCCAGACAUGUUUACGUUAAAAAUAUGAAAAUUCUUGAACUCUGGGAUAGAUAAAACCAGCUGUUUAUUGUUAAAAGCAACAGAGGCACAAAAAGAAUAAAA